UUUCAGACUGGAUGAAUAAUAAGGUACGAUUUGAUGAAGAAAUGGGAUUUCUGGAAAUAUGGGAUCAAAUACGGAAGCGGAUUACAAGCGAUCAAUGCGAAAUACAGGAAUUUGCAAGUAUGCUCCAUAAUUUGACGUAUUCUUCGGAAUUAGCUAUGAAAAAUUGCAAGCCGAAGAAUCGUGAGAUAUACACUGCACUUUGUUGUGUACUUCGUGAGCAAAUUAUCAACAAAAAGGAGCAUUUCACUAAAACAUCAAAAUAUAUCGACGAUUCAACCGCUAUUGUUGAUUCGGGAUUUGAAACAUUUCAUUCAGAAUCACCCAUGGAAAAUAGCUCAAAAUUGAUAACACCAAAUCAUGCAAAGAUUGACCAAAAGGUAAAAACACAUCGAUCAAAAUGUAUCAAACCAAGAUCACAGAAAAUAUUAUUACGAAAUGUGGCAUAUGAUGCUACUGUCGUCAAGAGUGCUUUUAACGAUAAAAUAAUAAAUGCCAAGCAGUCAACAAAUACCUAUCCAUACAUGGUCACAGCGAUAAUGUGUUGUUUUGCUUGUUUGAUUGCCUUUAUACCGCAUCGUUUCUUUCCGUGGUUCUUCACAUUGAUAUCAUUCAAUUCACCACCACCAUUAUAA